AAGAAAGUGAGACCAAAUGCUACCCUUUUGGUUUUCAAAUCUCAAAUCUUUCUUCAACCCUGAUAACUCGAAUCCCUUCUCCAAAUCCUUUUCUCUCUUUCAUUACAUUCCAAUCCGCGAGUGCGAGAUCGUCCAAUUCGAGAAAUUUUUCAUCUUGGAGCUUGAUGCGCUUCAAAUGUCCCUCAAUGCCCAAUUUUUGAUCUUCCGAGAACCCUAGAAAUUCCAAUCGUGGAGCUAUGGUGAGGGAGUGCGAAGUGGGGAAGUUCUAUGCCAGAAUGCGUGACGCCGUGUCGGCGGCGACUUCGUCCCCGCUGCUUAUCUUCCCGUCGGCUUCCGAUGCUGAUUCGCUUUGCGCUCUCAAGAUCAUCACUCAUGUUCUUUCAUCCGAUUCUAUUCGCUACUCCGUCUAUCCUGUCUCCUCGUUCCACCAGAUCGCGGGCUCGAAAUUCCUCUCGCCAGAUCAGAGCGCCACCCUUCUUUUGAUCAACUGGGGCUGUCACCGUGACAUCCGGCGCCUUUUGGAUCUUGUUUCUUCGGAGUCGCGGGUCUUUGUGGUCGAUAGCCAUCGCCCGAUCCAUCUUCACAACCUCAGUGAGCAGAAUGAUCGGGUUAUUGUUCUUCAUACUCCAGAGGAUGAGGACCAGCCUACUCUGGACCUUUCGGAAGACAUUGAUGUGCUGACCCUGGCUAAUGCCUCUGAUCUUAACAGUGAUGAUGAGCUUGAUGACAGUCCUGACAGUGAUGAAGAUAGUGAGAGUGAGGAUGAGGGGGUAUCCAGAAAAAGGCGAAGGGUCUCCGAGGAGUCAGAGUCUGAUCCAGUUAAGCUCUUUCGGAAGCUUAAAUCAAAGUAUUAUAAGAUGGGCACAUUUCAUGGAAGGCCUUCUGGUUGUUUGAUGUUUGAGCUGGCUCAUUCGCUUAGGAAGAACACUAAUGAGUUGCUAUGGUUGGCUUGUGUUUCCCUGACGGAUCAGUUUGUGCACGAGAGGAUAACGGACCUGAGGUAUGAAACUGCAGCUUUUGAUCUCCAGCAGCAGAUAAACAGCUCAGGGAAUUCGGGCUCAAUCACAUCUGUCACACUUAAGGAUGGCACAAAAAUUCAGACACCAGAAAGUUCUAGGAUUGCAUUUGAGGAUGAACCCCGGCUGAUGCUUUUGAGGGAGUGGAAUUUGUUUGACUCAAUGCUCUGUUCUUCUUAUAUUGCUACAAAGUUGAAAACUUGGAGUGAUAAUGGCUUGAAGAAGUUAAUGCUUCUUCUUGCGAGGAUGGGUUUUCCUCUUGUUGAGUGCCAGAAGAAGUUUCAGUAUAUGAGCAUGGAAGUGAAGCAGAGACUGAAGGGUGAGUUAAUCAGGUUUUUACCUGAGUAUGGGCUGACAGAUCUCUAUUACCGGAGCUUUUUGAGAAUACAUGGAUAUAGUUCAAAGGUUUCUGCUGCUGAUGUAGUCUAUGGGGUCACUGCCUUGCUUGAAUCUUUCAUAGAAUGUAAAGAGUCAUCCUCUGCUGAACAAUUUUGGCUUGCUUACUCAGCUUUAUCGUUGAACAAUCUCAAUCAGCUUAAGAAAGGAAUGCAGAAUGCCAUUGAGAUUCAGAGAGCUAUUCUUAGGCAAGGUAGCUUAGCGGUAACCAAAACUGGAUUCAUUAGGAGUGGCAGAAAAUUCCGUUGGGUGAAGCUUGAAGAUCCAGUGGACACUAAGUGCUUAGGUUAUCCUCAGGCUCUUACCAAGUUCUGUUUCUUUCUAAUGGAUGCAUUAAAAGAGAGAGGUGCAAAAAUGAAGCCUCUAAUAUGUGCUUGCAUGGGUAAAGAAGUUGGCAAAGUUCUUGUUGUUGGUGUAUGUGGUAAACCACGAGUUGGGGCCAUCCAAGGUAACUCAUUUGGCAUUGCUUUUAGAGUUACUGCUGAGGAAAUUGGUGCCGAGUAUUUUCAUGAAUUGUUUGAGUCUUCUUGGAUUGUUUUAGAUACAGCUGAUGUCAGUUCAUUUAUGAUCAGAUUAACUGAGAAGCUUUGACACGCUUCAAAUACUACUUGUAAGCAGUUCAUCAGUAUUUGAAAUUUGCUCACUUGCAUAAGGAAACUGACUCCGUCAGUAUUUGUAAUUUGCUUACUUGCACGAGGAAACUGACUCCAUUAGUGUUUGAAAUUCGCUCGCUUCAGGGGCUCAUUCUCACAGGCAUUAAGAAUGAAGCAUUGGUGCUCAUGCUAACAUAGUUUGCUAAAACUAACUUCAGGACUUAUGGCAGCUCAGACAAAGUGCAAGAAAAGAGAAAGGGAAUUUGAAGAAAUAAGAGUGCUUGUCACAUAAAUAUGGUUCCUCUCAGUACUUUAUGUAGUGUCAGGCUGUCAGCUUCUCCGGUUCAUGCAUACAGGUUCUUCAGGCAACGCUUCUAUUUGUUCUCUUAUGUUGUCCAUCAUUCUAUGAUUUAUUGAAUCAUGGAAGAAUUUGGUUUUUCAGAGUCUCAAGCAUUUAGUUCUUGCUCAUUUUAUUGAAAUUCCCUUUUAAUCCUGUAUUCUUGUUGGCAUUUAAUCUUACACUCAUUUGAGAACAUUUAUCUUCUUCUUUUCCUGAUUCUGGUUUUCUUCUUUUAUUGGUUUUGCAUUGUGUAGAAGGCCUAGUAAGUGCCCCACAAAUGUCUGUUAUUGGUCAGAGCAAAUGAUGCUGGAUCAAUGUCUACAGGCUAUUUCUUUUUUCUCUUUUUGUUAACACUCCAACUGCUUAAUACCAUACAUUGAUCAUUGUCUUCAAACUUGACACUG